ACUGCAUUCCCCAUUUCCCCUUACACGGCACUGCUUACUCUAUGGUUAACAACUUGAAGUUAGUUUUCACUUUUUGUAAAACGUAGUUUUCUCAUUCAGUAAGUGUCCAGUAAUCUGUGUUUGCAACGAGUGAUUUCGGUUCUUAUAAAAAUACUAUUGACAAUGGGCGUUUAAAUAAAAUUGUAAUCUUUUUCCCUAUGAGACCUGUUUUUUAAGAGUAUUAAUAUUAUAAUACACGGAAUAAUAUAGUAUAGUAUCGUCAGAAAAUACGACAUAUCUGAAGAUGUCUGCAGAAUGGGGCAGCUUGCCUCUCCUCUCACUGAGAUGUGUAUUAGAUCAUUUGAGUACAGAGGAUGCGCUCGCUGCAUUGUCCACUUGCCGUCACUGGCGUAGUGCCAUUUUACUAUAUGAGGGUAAGAAAGAAUUACUCAAGUUAAAUGUGAAAACUCUCGAGAGGAAUCUCUUUGUCACACGGCUGUUCAAGAAGUACACAAGAAAACUUCACAUUAUCAUUGAUAGUGACAACAAAGAUUUGGAGAACUUUAUGAAUUUUGUCCUGCCACAAUUCUUCGAUACGCAGAAUUUGCAAGAAUUAGUGUUUAUUGGACCCGUUUACCUUCAACAGAAGAACAUCAUAUCAGCGUCCAAAAUAAAUCGAAUCAUCACUGAGAGUUUAAUGUUUAAGAAUUCUCACUGUUUACAAAGAUUCAGUUUACUGGGUUCUAUCAUGGCACCGGUGAAGAAUGAAAACGACAGAUACACACAUAAGUAUGUGGAGUACUAUUCGAGACCGCUUACAUUUAGCACUGUUUCACCGUUUGAUACAGUAUUUUCGCGUUGCAACGCUGGCUUGAUGGCAUUCUCCUCGUUACGACAACUAAUCUUCGACUUUGACCUGAUGAGUACGCCAACACUGCAGACUCUGAGUCAGAUGGGUCAUAUAACAGACCUCACGCUGAAUAUUGGACAAAAACGGCCCGUCAACCUACCCCUCGUGGAUUGGAACUACGCGAACCGAAGCCUUCGCGUGACUUUGAUUGUUAUAACAGUCCCACACUGCAUGAUGAACAUGGUGAUUGAGGAAGUUUUCAUCGAGGGUUUACCAUUGUUCUCUUUGAAGGUUCUAUUCUGUGAAACAUUACACGUGGGUAUCCUCCAACGCGUUGUGCUCAUGUACAAGGAGACGAUACGCGAAUUCGUUUGGAUCGACUCCCCGGGUAACACUGUUGACGUCUGCGGCAGGAUUAUCAAACAUCAUCGGGAACCCACUGAGUUUACCAUGUCUAACGUGAAUCCGAUUAUAUUACUAUGCUGGCAGUGCACUCAAUUAAAAAGACUUGUCAUACAUGGUUACUGGGUAUGGCAAUACGAUCUUCUAGGCAUAGUUCGCCUCCGUAGGUCUCUACAGGAUCUGGAAAUAUCUGCCAUAUACGAUAGACAAAGUCGCUUCACCACGGCCACACGCAGCGAUCACAUGGUACGAGUGCUGGCCACCGAUAGCCAGAAGAUCCUCGAUCCUGAAUACAUACAACAAGUGAACUCGUACACGGAGUUCGAGUGGACGCCCGCACUGUGGGAGCGACUUCACCCCGCACUGCGCCCGCGAGCCACCCUCGCGCACCGCAUCGACUACGUGCUGCGGGAGAGCCUGCGCCCCGCCGUGCGCACGUUUUAGGAUCGACUUCGGAAAUGAUCUCAGAGUGAAGAUGCAGUUUAUCAACGGUUACCAGCAACGGACUGUAGUAAGAUCUUUAAUAUAAAAAAGUAUUCACUCAGGUCAGUGAAACUUACUGGAAAUAUUUCAAAGUCAAAGUCAAAAAAAUUGAUGUAGUUUCUAUAGGCUACGAAGCCUGAUCUUGAAGCGAUGUUUGUCGCAAAUGUUUACAAUCUUGUAUCUUUUUGAUAUUCAUGUAUUAAAAGAAUUGCAUGAUGAAGAGGAACUGAUUUACGACGAUCUAUGCAGCUGCAGAUAUUGGUCGAAGAAAUUAAGUGUUAUUUUGUACCGAACUCGGAUAACUAAAAGUUUUUUAUAUAUAAAAUUUAAUUUAUAACCAGUUAUUUCUCGUACCGACCAGUAUUGCAGUAUGCCAUUUUAAAACAUAAAUAUUAAAAAGAUAUUCUUAAUUGAAUAUUCAAUCAAAAAUUGGUUUCGGGUUCUCAAAUCUAAAUUCAUUGUUGGGUAUAAUAUUUAGAUAUAAGAAUUAUAUCGUUAGAAAUAUGUCGAUUAUGUCUGUGUAUCGUUUUUAGAUAAUUUCUCCUAAAAUAUUAUUUUAAGGUACGCAAUUGAAAUAUUUAAAAAAAAAAAUCGAUAUCUUUAGGCCUAAACGACUUCUUCUCGAAUAUUCAUGUAUGUAUUUUUUUAAAUUGCAUUUUCUCAUAACUAUUAGUAAAAUAUUUAAUUUGCAAAAGUUCCUUUAUCUAGAAUUUACUGGAGACCUAAUAAAGUUUUAAAUAGUUCACAUUAAUUAAACAUGCACUUAGUGAAAACGCGAAACCUUCAUAGAUGUUUUACGCUUGUAAAUAGCUUAAGUUUUCUAAACUUGAAGAAAUUAAAAAAAAAAAACAGUGAAAAUUGUAUCCUAUAUGUAUCAUACAGAUUUAAAUAAUAUGACAUUCAAAAGUCAUAGUAAAAGUCAAUUUUGACCAAAUUACUAACAGAGUGUAUAUGUAUAAAUAUAUAUUCAAUCUGUAGUCAUAAAUUUGUCCACGGUAGAACAUUGAUUGAUUAAUUAUUGUCACCAAAAGGUUAUAUUAUUAACGAAUAGAGAGAAGUGCUAUCUUAAUCUAUUAUCAUAUCAAAGGUAGCAAAAAUUCAGUUAAACGACAUGCUUAUGAGUACAGAUUAAAUUAUAAAACUUCGAAAAAAAAUAGAGUUUCCUAGUAAUUUCUAAUAUGUAUAAAAAAAUUGAGAAAAGCCGAAUGAUAUGUUUACUGGCAUCAUCUCUCAAAAAUACGAAUUUAUCGUAGUUAAAAGUCAUGAUAAAAAUUUAAAAAAAGUUAGAAUUCCCACGCCAAGGGUUGUAUAAGACGGUUCAGCUGAUAUUGUCUUUACAAGCGUUAAAUAACACGAUACCAAAAAAGACUAUAUUUUUAAAAAAAAUAAUGAACGAAAGAAAUAAAAUCCAACAGUAUUCGUAUUCAGAGAUUAAAAAAUAGGUGUAGACUAAUUAAAUUACAAGUUUUCAUAGAAAAAUAUUCAGUCUUGUAGUUUUUGUAUAUAUGACCACUAAGACAAAUGGAAUUAAAUACUGGUCUUUUUUUCAUAGUAUUUUGUCAUAUUAGUCUGUAAAAAAAUUUAAAAUAUGUUUUUACCAAUUAUAUCAAUAUUCACAAACAUCCAUAAAUAUAUGUAACCAUUUCAUUAUCUUUAUUGAACUUAUUUGGAUAUGUAAACCGAUGGUUAAUGUUAUAUUUUUCAUAUAUAAUUUAUUUAAUUUCGCGCCAUUUUGUUACUCGCGGGUGAAACAGCAAUGGCUGACGUUGGAAUUAAUGAGGCUUAAAAUGAGAUAAACCGUAAUUUGUAACUUGGCGUGGUGGUAUAGACAUUCGCAACAUCUAGUCAGAACCGUGGGAUAUUUGUACAUAUAUUAUAUAAAAUAGCGCGUUCACCUGCGAUAUUGAAGAUCGAAUUGCACAAAAUGUAACGAAGUAUUACAAAAAUACAUAUUAUAAUUUAUAUCAACUCUAUAGCUUUAAGAGAAUAAUAAUCUCAAAAACUGUAUCAAAUACAGUUAUUUUUAUCAUACGUGCCACUCUGUUGUUGCGAUGAAACCAGUUUUUCUCCGAAUUGAAUGUUAAAUAGGGUGUUAUAUUUUAAGCUAAAACACGAUUUUGUAGAAAACAAUGUAAUUUUUUAGCAAAUAUUAAAAGACAUUGCAUUUAUCGUUACAUUAUCGACCGCGAGAGUGAAGAAAAAACUGAAAUUACACUUUAUUUCAUACGAACGAUUUAAAUUCGAAACGCACUGCCUUGUGGACUCGUGUAUAUAUUCAUAUGGAUCGGCCGAUAUUUGUAAAGUUUUAUUUCAGUGAAGUCAUAUAUAGUCCGUCCCCAGCGCUACACGAUUGCGUUUAUAAAUACACUGACUAAAACACAUUGAAACGGCUUUAGCUUUCCUCGAUGAUAAUACAAGGAGUGCAAAAAUUGAUAAUAAAUAUAUAAAUCAUAGUCACGCACAAACAUUGUGAUCUUAAGAAUAAACCCAAUUAUUCGAAAAUAUGCCUUUAAUUAUAGUGUACAAAAAAAAUAUUAUAUUCGUACAUUUACCUUCGAUUCCUGUUAUAUCGAAUUGUGCUAAAUAAUUAUUGUAAUCGAAAAUCACUUUACUAGGCCAAUUUAUUUGUAUUAAAAGAAAUUGCUUCAAGUAGGUUAUAGUACUAAGUACUUUAGAUAAAUAAACUCACUAAAUUACUUGAAAAAAAAA